GGUUAGCCAGUUGUCUUUCGUGAGUCGCUGAUUUGCGUGACGACAGACACUUUUCAGUCGAGUGUCGACUCACGUGCGCGCGUCGUGUCGGUCAUCUUCGCUCCGGUCGUAUCGGUUCGCGCUCGAUUUGGAGCCGCGAGUGCCUUAAACCUUAAACGUUGGAAAAUCGUCGUUCAGUGAAUUAAUUGAAGCUAUUUUUGCUCUAUAGAGUCACUAUUUUAUCGAAAAUAAAUCGUGUCCAGAACCAUGCAAAAAUUCGCGAAAUUGGAUGGCGCCGAUAACGGGAUAAAAUUGCUCAAAGGGAAAGAUACACAGGCAUUUCGUGAGAGGACCAAACGCGAUGCCCUGAUCGAACUUCAACGUGAAUUGGAGAAACUCGAGGGGACAGCGACAGGGGAGGUCAAGGAGGAAUUUCAGCGACAAUUCAACGGCUUCACCGAACUCUUUCAAAGGUUCCUUGCAGAGGAAGGCCCCUCGUUAGAAUGGGAUCGUAUACAGAAGCUUCCAGACGAUGCGAUAAGAGAUUACAAUUCUUUGCCGACCCCAGAAGGAGAAGAAGUGAGAGCCCUGUUAAAUAAGUUAGUGGUUAUUAAAUUGAAUGGAGGACUUGGAACUAGCAUGGGAUGCCACGGGCCAAAGUCUGUAAUCGCAGUUCGCAAUGGUCUCACUUUUCUCGAUCUUACUGUCCAGCAAAUUGAGUAUUUGAACAAAACUUACAAUGCCAAUGUACCCCUCAUUCUGAUGAAUUCUUUCAACACCGAUGAGGACACACAACGAAUCAUAAGAAAAUACAAAGGAAUAGAUAUAGAUAUUCAAACAUUCAAUCAAAGCUGCUACCCUCGUAUCAACAGAGAUUCUUUGCUUCCAAUUGCUAAACACUGUGAUGUCCAAGAUGAUAUCGAAGCGUGGUAUCCUCCAGGUCACGGAGAUUUCUACCAAAGUUUUCGAAAUUCAGGUUUACUGAACAAAUUUUUGAAAGAAGGACGCGAGUAUUGUUUCAUUUCAAACAUUGAUAAUUUGGGCGCGACUGUAGAUUUCAAAAUUUUGAAAUUAUUAUUGGAGAAACGUGAAGCACCUCCUCUCGAGUUUCUUAUGGAGGUGACUGACAAAACUCGAGCUGAUGUGAAGGGAGGAACGUUGAUCAAAUACGAAGACAAACUCCGUCUGCUUGAAAUCGCACAAGUUCCAAAAGAUCACGUAGAUGACUUUAAAUCUGUAAAGACAUUCAAGUUUUUCAAUACAAAUAACUUGUGGAUAAAACUUAGUGCUGUCGAUAGACUACUUUCAUCAAAUUCUUUAAACAUGGAAAUUAUUGUCAACAAUAAGACAUUUUCAAAUGGUCUGAAUAUUAUUCAGCUGGAAACAGCUGUGGGGGCUGCAAUGAAGUCAUUCGAAGGAAGUAUUGGUAUAAAUGUGCCACGUAGCAGAUUUUUGCCAGUAAAGAAGACCUCAGAUUUGAUGCUUGUCAUGAGUAAUUUGUAUACUUUGCGCAAUGGUUCCUUAGCGAUGAGUCCUCAGCGAAUGUUCCCUACAACACCUCUUAUAAAGCUAGGCGAUAACCAUUUCUCCAAGGUCAAAGAAUUCCUCACCAGAUUCCCAACUAUACCUGACCUGUUAGAAUUAGAUCACUUGACUGUGUCUGGUGACGUUACUUUUGGAAAAGGAGUGACUCUCAAAGGAACUGUUAUCAUUAUCGCUAAUCAUGGAGAGCGUAUCGAUCUUCCAUCAGGUACAAUUUUAGAAAAUAAGAUUGUAUCUGGUAAUCUACGUAUUUUGGAUCAUUAAAUGGAUCGUUAGAUUUUGAUUAUUUUCGAUUAUUACGAUUAAUGUCUGAAGAAAACACAUGAUUUUAUUUAUUUAAUACUAAAUGGUUCAUUAUGUUUUCAAAAAGGAUAUAUACGUUAUAAUUUACAUGUACAUUUAAACGAACAUGAGAGAAUUAUAAUCGAUUUAAAGUAAUUAAUGUUAGAAGAGAUAAUUUCAAUGUAUAAAUGGCAUAGCUAUGUAAAUGCUAUUUCGAAGGUGAUGAAAGAUUGUAAACAUGUUAGUUGAAUAUCAAAUUGUUUUCAAUA